AAGAUUCGGCAUGAUAAUUCACUUUAUGAUGAACAUCACAGUGAUGAUGAUCACUGCAGUUUCGAAUACCUAGCAUGUCAUACAUAAUGGAAUUAGAUGGAUGACAAAGGCUCAGAUUGGAAAGAACUUUAUCUUCCGGACAAUAUACAGGGAAGAGAAAUAGAUGAAAUAGUGCAAGAGCACUUGGAUACUCCAGAUACUAAAGAUGAGGAAGCCCACAGCUCAAACAGGUCUACUGGAGAGUACAGCAGUGAGCAAUUUGUACACAAUACAAACACCUCCAUGCUGUACACCCCUCCCCUGGACAUCCAGCACUCGGAGUCUUCCCCUCGGAGCCCUGUCCCCUCCCCACGGCAGAUCAUGACCUCCCAGCAGUCCAUUGUGUCAGGUCGUUUUACUCGGACCUCAGUUGCCAGUGGAGAUAACCAGAAUACUCCUACUAGACGCAGUCCUAUACAAAUGAAUGCUGUUGAACCAGAGGAAAUUCGGGACAAAAUAGAUGAAAGCAAUGAUGGUGCAAGCUCUGAUACAACUGUUGAAGAUUGUUUAGAGUACUAUCAUGACAGUGCACAGAGAACUGUCACAUCCCUUGGGGGAUUAUCCACUGACACACAAGACAGUGCCCGGUACGAUGAUGCUCCAUUCCCAUGUGGCAACAUCCACUUUUGGAGUGGACCGCAUAAUAUGGAAGAGACCACGUUCAAGAAACAUUAUGUGACAGUGUCUGCUGACACUCCCAGUGAAGAAGUGGCCCGUUUUAUGGGGACGUACUGGAAAAUGAGGACUCCAAAAAUUGUACUAUCUGUCAUCUCUGGAGUCAAGCAUUUCAGACCAUGGAAAAAUAAUAGACUAAAGGAACAGUUUCAGAAAGGAAUUACUAAGGCUGCCAACACGACAGAAAUGUGGAUAAUAACAGACGGGGUGGACACAGCUGUGUCUAAGAUGAUAGGGGAAGCCAUUCGGGAGGAACGAGCACGGAGAGAAUGCAAACAGCUGCAGCUCAGUCACCUAGGUCAGAAUAAGGUUCAGCGAUUUCAGAAACUGAUUGUCAUCGGCAUUGUUCCCAAGAAUGUCAUCACAUAUUCACAGCAGUUUGAGGGAACUGAAAUGGGUAUCAAUAUCAAAAACCAAGGCAUUAGACCCAACAGUGACCUAUAUGAACUAAAUCCUGACCACACCCACUUCAUCAUUGUGGAUGAGGAGGACAGAGACCGUAUGUUCUUCACAAACAUUAGAUGUCAGCUAGAGCAGCAAUUCCAGUAUGGUGUAGGCAGAAAACGACAUUUAAGGAGACUGUUCAGCUGGGGUUCAGAUGAUCAGAAUGAUAUAACAGAACGGUCUGAACCGAUCAUAAAAAAUGUGGUGCCUGUGGUCGGAUUGCUAGUCCAAGGGUCGCCAAGGGGAGUAAACCAUGUUUUGACAUACUUAAAUGACAAAAUGCCCAUUGUCAUUUUGAAAGGAAGUGGAGGGAUUGCAGAUCUUUUGGCAUAUGCUUUUGAGGAGCUGGUAGAAAGGACUGAUCCUGACUUUGAAGAACACUUCCUUAAACCAGAGCUAACAAGAAUGAUCUGUAAAGUUUAUCCUGAAGAUUUCAAAGACAACGACAUGGCUCGUACAGAGUUCAGGGACAAAAUUCUACAGUGUUGUCAUCUUGCCAUUGAAGAUGAGCAGACUUUCCUUACGAUUGUGAAUACACAAGGAUGGGAUGCAAAUUUGAAAGACCUAGAUAAAUACCUGCUGAAGGCAUUAUUUAAUUGUGAAAGACAGACCAAAAUGAAGUGGAGGGAAAAAAUCUUUAAGGAUUUACAGCUGAUACUGGACUGGAAUCGCCCAGACAUGGCUUUGUCCAUGAUAUUUCACAGAGAUGAUUGGGGAAAAGUCAAGGUGGACAAAUCAUUAUUUGAACAAGCUCUUCUGAAGUUGGGUAGAGAGGAGUUUGUUGAAAUUUUUCUAGACCAAGGCUUCCAGAUUCACAAAUACCUCAAUCAUAAAAAAUAUAAAUUUCUGUAUGAAAAGGCUGAGGACAGGGAAUUCUUUGUCAGCAUUUGUCUAGAGAAAGUCCUAGGACAGAUUGUGUACACAGAUCAAGCAUUGAAUGUCAACUUUCUGGUGAAUGACCUUAAUCGUCUCAUCUUUAAACUGCUUGGUCUUAGUGAUUUUGUGCAGCCAUAUGAAAUGUCCAUGAAUUCAGUAGGACUCUACGUACUGGAUCCAGCAGUCGCUGAAAGAAAGGCUUUGAACUGGUUGACAGUUUGGGCUGUACUGAUGAACCGCCACAAACUGGCUAAGGUGCUAUGGAACCGCUGUGAUGAACCAAUAGCAUUGGCUCUUAUUUGCAGUAAUCUUUACAAGGAACUGGCCAAGUAUUGCACGGAACUCUAUAUGCGAACAGAGAUGGAAAGGAAUGCCAAGGAGUUUGGAGAUAAAGCCUUGGGCGUUUUGGACAUUGGCUACAUGGACUCGAGUGAACAGACCUACAGUAUGUUAAGUGCACCUCUCAAAGACUUCAACAACAAGACUUCCAUGGAGAUUGCUCAUGAUGCGGGCUACAUUGGUUUCAUUGCACACCCUUGUUGCCAGAAGUGGCUAACCAGAAAAUUGUUUGGUGCCAUUCAUGUCAAGGAACUGGAUUUAGGUUUUCUUACACUGCCAAACUGGUUCAAGAUUCUCGCGAGUGUGUUCCUCAUCUUUCCUAUUUACAUCUGGAUUGGGUUUGUACCCAAAGCCUUAAGCUGGAAGAAGAAAAGGGGAAUCAUAUUCAAAGGGGAUUCUGAUUCCAAAGUUGUGGAUAAUAAUGAGUCAGAGACUGAUGAGGAAGAUGAGGAAAAUCUACCAACAUCAAAAUCUCUCCUGCAAAAUGAGCUAGAAAGUUUUAAGAAAAGGAAGAAGCUUACUGUUAGAAGAAGAAUACGGAGUGCUUUUCAAUUACCAGUGGAAAAGGAGUUGCCUUUGUGGAAGAAAAUAUACUUGUUGUGGAGUGCUCCCAUAACUACAUUCUGGGUGACUCAGACAAUGUACUUCUGUUUCCUGGGUCUGUUUUGUGUAGUUUUGCUGUGGCCAACCUGUGGAAACUUCUACCUGGACUUGACUUUGUGGCUGUGGACCUCUGUUAUACUGAUUGACCUGGUUCAACGGACAUACACAAAGCAUAUUCAACGCAAAGCAGUGUCCUUGCUGGGUAGUUGUUGUGAGAUUAUUUUGAUCAUGGUUUUCCUGAUGUUGUACCUGGUACUGAGAAUCAUUCCUCACUGGUUUCAUUCGGCUGACAUUCUCACCAGCAAGGUUGUACUCAGUGUAGCACUCAUUUUCUUCUUCUACCGUCUCCUGGGCAUAUACCUUCCCAUCUCUCCAACUCUGGGACCAAUGCUAGUCAGAAUGAAUCGAAUGAUUAAGUAUGACUUUGUGGAUUUUAUUCGGAUGUUUCUGGUGUUCAUGAUAUCUGGAGGAGUGACUAUUCAGGCCAUAUUAUAUCCCAAUUAUCCAAUGGGAAUAGAUCUAAUCAAAAGGGUCCUGACACGCCCACUUUUUGCCAUGUUCCUCACACAGAUUGGGGAUCUUGAUGGUGAUACCAGCUGUUCUGAUCAUUACCAGAAUGUGUCUGCAGGCUUUUGUACAGCAGAUGUCAAUUUCAGAGGAUCACACUAUGCAAAUCCAGAAACUGUAAUACUUCCCAUACAGAAGUGUCCAUAUUCCAGUUUGUUUGGUUACCUUAUUACGAUACAGUAUCUGCUCAUCUGUAAACUGGUUCUUGUCACACUGCUAUUUGCCAUGUUUGCACUAACCAUCACCAAAGUGGACAAUGAGGCGAGCGAGAUAUGGAAGUUCCAGAGAUACGCUUUAAUUGUUGACUUUGAGGAGCGACUGAGUCUUCCCCCACCUCUGGUCACCAUCAGCUACAUUUGCAUUCUGGUGAAAAAAAUCUACAACAAGCUCCAAGGCUGCAAAAGAAACUGCAGCAACAUCUGCAGCUGCAGAAAGAAAGCCAAGACAGAUGAAGAGAUGAGUCACAGAGUGAAGAUGAACCGACGAUCUGAAGACUACAACUACUGGAAGAAAUGCUCCAUUGACUAUCUACGGACUCAAGAACUCGAGGAGGAGAAAGAGAAAAUGGCAGCAGUACAUGCUGAAAUAAUCACCAAUCUUCAGGAGGACAUGAGAUUGCAGAAAAAGAAUAUGAAAAGGAUGAGUGACAGAAUUGUUGAACUGGAGCGAACUCUGGGGUCUAGUAGGAUGUACCUGGAAAAUAUCUACCACAAACUCGACAAACAAGAUGUCCACGGAAUGGCUAACAGGAAGGGGCAAAUAAUUCAUGUAGCGGCUCGUCUGUCACCUUACCCAACUACUUCCAUAGCCAGGUUCCCAGUAUUUGAUAAAUAUGUACCAUGGGAGACAACCUAUGAUGUGUACGAUCCAAAGAUUUACACCUCACCGGCAGAAAAGUUUUCUGAUGAAGAAUUGAUAUAUGUGGAUCUGGAUAUUAUAGAGUUGAAGAAAAUGAGGGAUGAACGUGCCAAAAUGGCGGAAGAGGAGUUGUUAGGUCUUCCUCCCUUACCGCCAAUCCCCAACAUGAAGUGGAAUUCCAUCCUUACUGUUGUUCAACACAUGGGAGCAGGAAAGACACAGGUUAUUGACCGCAGAUCUUGGAUAUCCAUGGAUGACCAACCUUGCAGAUACCACCUGGACCCCAACGGACUUCCUCUGAAUCCUAUGGGACGAACUGGAAUCAGAGGCAAAGGUAACCUAUGGCGCUGGGGACCAAACCAUUUGAUCAAGGCGGUGUGUACCAGAUGGAGGAAGAAAUACAAUCAGGAGAACCAGCCCAGUGGUUAUCUGUAUGUGGAGGGCAAGCGGGUCCUGGAGUUCAUAGCCACACAGAGAGAUGGCAACAAUCUGGAGACCAUGUAUGAAUUACCUGGAGGAGUUCUCCAUGGACUAGCUUCUCCAUAUUCUGUUGUCUGCGAGUCCUUCCUAAAAAGUGUGUUUGAUGAAAGCGAAAUGGAGUCUAAACCAAAUCUGGACCAGGGAGAUAUGAUUCAGUUUUUUGCUCAGUUUUCAACACAGAAUGUCAACACUAAAUCUUCUUUGUCCAUGGGAAGUCCAGAGCAUUCAAAUUCUCAGAUAUUGGCUUGUGUUGCCAGCUCCCGCACCAGUUCUCAUACCAGUCUCAGAACAGAUGCAGACUCUCAAGGAUUUUCAGCCUCCUUGUUAUAUAAGGGUUAUCUGGAUGAUCCACGGAAUACGGAUAAUGCCUGGAUGGAAGCAGAAGUCUGGAACUUCCAUUAUGACUUGGGCGAUAAUUUUGAGUUAAGGAUGUCAGAGGAAAAUGGGACCACUUGGAAGGAAGUACUGCCAAAUGUCAAGUUGUUUGGAAAUGAAGGUGCUAUAAUUCAGGAAGCGGCAAAAAUCCAGGAUGCGUAUUAUUAACCCUCUCCAAUGUAGAAUAUCAAUCACUCUUCUGAAGUUUUGUGUGGGAAAAAGGAGGAAUUUUUGUGGCCCAAGACCUGUAUUAUGUAGGAUUUUCUUCACUUACUAUGUUUGAGGAUUUUGCCAAUUCCUAUAUUGCUGUUUUCUUUGUGAUUGUUAAGGGUCCCGGUGCAGUGUGAUUGAUAUGAGUUUGGUCUCAUCUGAAUAUUAUAUGAUAAUCUUCCCAGCGAUUGGCUACUGAAGCCAUGCCAAUCCAUUGCACCAAGCUUUCACUGAUGUAUUAAUGCUUUAUAAGGUUACCUAAAUAGCUUUUUAAGUAUGCACAAUUUCACAAAGAAUCACCAUUUUCAAUUUGAUGCAUUGUAUCUUUGUCAUUGUAUUUUUUAUGCAAAUUCCUGUUAAGGUUAUUUUUUACAUUCUGUGUGUUUUCUUGUUUGUUAAGUAAUACAGUGUCAAAUUUAUUUUAUCUUUGUACAAUUACAGUACAUGUUAUGAAGAGCCUUCCACCCCAGCUCUGUCAGUCAUAAUUUUGUCCAUCAUGAAUUAUCUUUUUCACUAAUAUUUCUGUGCAAUGCUUGUAAUUCAAAACAAUAUUGAUAAAGAAAAGAGAAGCUUAUCAUGAAAAAACCUUGUGUUCCAUAUUAAAAGUGUUUGACAGUGUUAUGGUGUAAGAACUAUGUGUAUUUGGUACCUUUUACUACAUAUGUUUUUGAAAGCGUGUCUAAUCAAUUUCUUGCUAUCCUAAAAGCAAUUUUGGCUCAGGGUAUGAAAACUGUCUCAUAUUUGAAUAUUGCUUUGUAGUGAUCACGUGGCCGUUGUUGUUGAGCUAUGAAGGCUGAAUUUAUGUUUAACUUGCCAUGGUUAAAAGGAUUUUUAUUAUCUUCUUUUUAUCAACAUUCCAAGUGAUUCAAAUGUGGAAGUACCUUGUGAUACUGACAGUCACAAAACGCUAAGUAUUGAUUUAACACAAUAUGCUUGCUGGCAUAUUUUAUUUAAAUACUUUGUUUAUAUAUAUACUUUUAUAUGUGUGUGUGUAUGUAUAUAUCUGUGUGUAUAUAUACUGUAGAUUCCCAAAUAUAUGCGAGGAAUUUAUCAUAGCAUAGUAUCACCAAUUCAAAAAUUGAUUACAUGCUUUUAUUCUUGUAUGUUGCUGAAAUGCUUGUAAAAUUUCUUGAUCAACAGUCCACUGGUAAAUUUGUAUUCUUGCCCGUCAUUUUACGAUAGUAAGUACUCCAUAGAAUAAGGAAUCUACAGUAUGCAUGUGUGUAUAUCUGUGUGUCUGUAUGUUUCUAAAUCAGUGAAAUGUCUAAUUCCAACUACCUUGGUAUCAGAAAAAGAAUUCAGAUAAGACAACACCCAAAAUACAGGGUAAUUUCUAACUCAAAAUCUGCUGCCUCAUGUACGGUUUACACAACAUUUCAAACUGCACAACAUCCAAGUAAUAGAGGUUUCACUGUAGGAAACAUUGUCAUAAAGAGGUAUAUUAUUUGCCCUGUGACACCAAAUGAGUAGGCCUAUUUGCUAAUGUAUUGAUGGAUGAAAGGUUAUAAAAUUUGUAAGCCACUACAAAUGACUGUUGCAGAAUCUGAUAAUAUUAAAUUGAGUACAAUU